AAUGUAAAAAAAAACUCGACAUGGAAAAUGUUAGUUCUUAUGUAUAAAGUGGGUAUAAAGCAAGCGAUGUGUUAAAAACACAAACUGUGCCAAGAUGUCGAUAUCAAAAUUAUUCGUGAAAGUUUUCAAUGAAGACAUUUUUGAGCACCUUGACCAAGAUAACUACAACUCCGACUUGGAUGAUGACUUUGAUGGAGGAAACUGCUCUACCUUGCCGGAUCCGCGAGUGCCAAAGCUUAAUGAGCUCUCCGUGACAAAGCAAAUGAUCAUUGUUAAAAACUGGCUAGAGGACAAAUUUCAGCAGAUACAAACAGAUAGCAAUGAGGAAAUACGCCGACUUUAUAUAGACACAGAGGCUCGUAUUGGUCCUGAAUUGGCUAUAUUUGAUGUGGACUAUACGACAACGGUGCGUGUGUCCUCCGAUAGACUGGCCUUGCGUUCCCAGGGCAGUUUCAAUACAGUGCGCGCAAAUUGUUGCGUUUAUGGCGGACGUUGGAUGUAUGAGAUUCACCUGCAUACCAAGGGCGUUAUGCAAAUUGGAUGGGCGUCAGGUGUAUGUACAUUUAAUGAGAAUAGUGGCGUUGGCGACACAAAGUUUAGCUAUGGAUAUGACGGCAGCAAGCAACAGGUCUGGCACAUAUCUACCAAGAAAUAUGGUGAUAAGUGGCAAAUCGGUGAUAUCAUUGGGGUCACCAUCGAUGUGGAUCGCGAGAUUAUUGAAUACUAUCGCAACGGCCGUUCCAUGGGCAUCGCCUUUGACAAGAUACAACGAGGACCAGGCAUUACAUUUUUUCCGGCCAUCUCACUCGGAUAUACACAAGGUGUUCAGGCCAACUUUGGUAAUCGGCCAUUUGUGUAUCCUGUUGUUGGCUUUCAGCCAAUCAUGGCACGCCCAAUACUGAAGCUGCGGCGGGCGAACUUACUAUUGGACUACCUCAUCAAUUUGGCUGGCAUAUUUUCUCAUUAUAAUGCCCAGUCAAAUAAUGCAAGCAGUGAUUCAAGCACUGAAAUGCGAGUAUCCACCAAAAAAACGGUCUAUUGCAUAUUUGCAACGAUGCUGAUCGAGCGUUUUACGAAUGAAGUCUUUGAUCCCUAUAUUAUUGAGGAUGUACUGUUAACGCGCAUUUCAAAUAUGACAACACUGGCGUCUGAAAAGGAAAAUCCUCAUAGCGUGCUUAAGGGUCUCUUGUCCUUGUUUUGGAACUUUAUGGAGGCCGAUGAAGUCAAGUUUGUGCUCCGUAAAGUGGUCAACGCUCUGCUGGGUACCUUCACACACACUGUUCAGGGUUUGGACUAUGAGAAACAUCGCCAGGCGCUAAGCGUUAUGCAUAGUAUCUGUUUGCACGAGCAAUCUCGAAAGUAUUUGCUCGAGGGCAAGCUGUUUAAAAAGCAUUGCCUAGCCUUCUUUUUAUACAUACAUCCGCUGGAGUUUUAUAUAUUGGCGGAUCUGCUACCUGAUUAUAUGGCCUGGACACAAGGUAUUGAUGGGCCCAAGGACAAGUAUCUAAACGUUGUGGAAAAGGUGCGCAAGAUCACGGAGAGUUUGUAUGUAGUCCAAAAAGAUUUCCUCAAUACGCUGAUGAACAAUAGGGAUGGUAGCCCUGAAUCUCCCUCCAGUCGUAAGCUAUUUCUAACCAAAAUGCGACGAUAUGUCAUCGAUUUGAGCAUGGAGCAGCGCCCUUUUCAUGCGUUUUUCUUCAUGCAAUCGAGCAUUCAGCAUCCAUUGGACGCACCGGUGGCGCUCGCAUUUGUUUCCAUUUUAAUCGAUCAGGUGCGCACGCUUUUCAAGGAGGAGCUGCCUAGUCAUGUAAUGGAAGUGAACGCUGAAUUCUUUAUGGAUGGAACUUUCGACUACAUGCAUUUUGAUCGCGUUGGUGGAGUUUUGUCACAUCUUCGCAAGGUUCAUAGGAGUGAUAUCGAUUCACAUUUUGGCACAGAGCGUACCCAGCAAAUCUAUGACGAGGAUCGCAACUCUAUACGAGCCAACGAAGUGGAUACAACGCUUUACCUGCUAGGCGAAAAUAUCAACAAUAUGGCAGUCAUUGGACAUGCACAAGGGGCCAACAACUCAACAUUUACCCACUUUCUCAAUCCGCGGGUGCCACAAAAUUCAGACGCUGCUCCAGGCAAUUCGGCAUCCGAGGCAAGUAUUUGCGAGCUGAUGGACAUUUGUGUACUGUUCUACUAUUCGGCCGGUCACAAGUAUAUUGUAAAGAUAGCAGCGGUGCGUGAUGAGAUAGCUACACUAAAUGAGGUUCUAAUGGAGACCAAAUAUUAUCGCGAGGACAUCGAGAGAAAACUUAUAGCACUGGAGGAGCAUGCCAAUGUCUGUAUGAAUGAGAAUCAUCAGCAUGUAAUGUCCGAACUACGUUCAAAGUUCAGUCAACGGCAAAACGUAUUUGCGACUCGUUCAAUAUCGUUGGCAAGGAAACAGGUUUGGUUACGUGCCGUCGCCUUGAGCAGUCAUCGUCGUGCGCUUUUUAUAUGGCUCCUGGAGCGCACCCUGCGCACCUUAUCGAGCGCAUCAGUCACUGGACCACUGUUCUCCUUUGUGCCUGAGGUAUACAUUAAUACCUUGCCCAUUUUGCUGGACACUGUAAUGGACUUUAGUCAUCACGAUGUACGCGUUCAGUUUGAGGUAUCGGAUUCCGAGUGCAGCGUUAAUGCCGCCGCUGAGUUUUUGGCCAUGCAUUCGGCGGACUCGCGGAUUGUACUUGCUUCCUGCAAGGAUUCCCUGUUGCAGGCAUUGGGCACACUCACGUGCCACAAAAGUGGAGUACGUGCUUUGGAGCGUGCCUCCAAACGCGCUCAGGCUGCAUUGGUUCGCGCCCUUUUGCGUCCCUAUGAGAAUCGGGCCUGGGGUCAAAGCAAUUGGCUGCUGCUGCGCUUCUGGCUGGGCGAGGGAUAUGCCUUUAAGGAUUCACGUCAGCCCAGUGUAUGGCAAGGUGGCUCACAGCCAUUAAAUCAAGGCUUGUGCCGUAGUCGAUCACGAAAUGAAACGCACACUGGAUUACUGCACAAUGUGGCACCGGCGAAUCCAUCCAAGCAUUUUCAGCGCUUGAUUGGCUCUAAGCUGUAUGAGGACGAGCCGUUUGCCACCACUUUCCUCAACUCUGUAUUGAGUCAGCUAAACUGGGCCUUCUCUGAAUUCAUACUGCUGCUCCAGGAGAUACAAAACACGGCACAGCGUCAGGAGAACACACUUUUUGAGCCCAAGCAACUGAAGAUCUGCUCUAUGUGCUUUGAGCUGACGGUGUCACUGAUGCGUUGUCUCGAAAUGAUUCUAACAGUUGCACCGGACAUUGUGGCCGAUGAAUCUCGGGCAAAUAGUGACUUGCUACUAAAUCGCAUUUGCCAGCUGAUCAGCCAGGUUCUGUCACGUGUAACAGUUCCGCCGGGCUGCUUUCAGUUUGUGGUGGACAUGUGCUCUGCUGAUCUAAAUGCCGUGACUCACUUUCCAAUAAUUAGUGCUGCGCUUGGCAUAUUGUUGGCCUUGUUGCGCAAUGAAAUGAACAGCGAUAUAACGCCACAGAAGGUGACGCGCAUAUCACGCGCCUUUCUAACCGAUCCCAGUUUUCAGUUUGCCACUCUGGAGUUUGCGCUGGGUGAGAUACGCACUCCAUUGCUGGAGCAGAAGGAAAUACCACGCGGCAACUUUGAUCCCUCGACGCGACCAAAUAUUGAUCCACUGACUAAUGAUGUACGGGUGCCGCAUCUAAAUAAUUCCAAACGCAUACGGGCUGAUCCGCCUAUCAUUAAAUUUGCUCUUAAUGAUUAUCCGACGCACGUGUCCCCGGAUGAAAUCGAAGAUGUGCGUCGUCUAAUUGAGAAUCUGCGCAUCAAACAGUCUUUGCUGUCAGAUAUAACGUUGCCCUCAGAGGACUCGUUGUGCCCGAUUUGCUGUGCCAAGCCCAUCACUGCCGUAUUUACACCAUGCAAGCAUCAAUCGUGCAGCGACUGCAUCAUGCAGCAUAUGAUGAACUCAAAGGUAUGCUUCUACUGCAAGACAACCAUACAGACCAUCGAAACACUGGACGGCACGCUCAUAUAUUCCAAUCUUGAAUCGGGUCAAACGCCAGCGAGCGAGAGUACUUGAAAAUCCCACCGCGAAAUAACCACCAAAUCCUUAAACCCAACAAAUUCUAGUCACUUUCCAAACGGAUUAAUUGCAACGCUUCAAUUGUGGUUACAAACACAUACAUAAUUAUAGAUAUUACAUAGUAAAUAGAUAUAUAUAUAUAUUUUUACUUUGGUUUUUCUUUGUAUGCUUGCAUUAUUUCCUCAAUGUGAUAUGCUUAAGUGCAAUUGAAGAAAAUUAACAAAAAUUGUACAGAAACAGAUUGGAAAUUGAUUAAUUUCCUUUUAUAUAAUUUAUGAUCUCAACAUAUUACUCUUUGAUCUAAACUUACAGAGUAUUGUAUUUAUGUUAAUCUAAUAUAUUGAUUUUUUGUGUUCAUUAUGCAUUUAUUGAGAGUAAACAGUUAGUAUAAAAGAUAGUCAACAUCUAGAAACUUUUAUCAAUUAAUUAAGUUUACUUGGUUUUGAUAUUUAUCUACCAACUAAAAAUUACAACGACUAUUAAGUAAAACAAAUUCAGGCAAUUUCCUUUACAAUUAGCGUCGCUUUUCCCACAAUCUUAAAUAUUCAUUUUCCUAUAUACAUAUUAUGUAUUAAUGGCUGGACCUAAAGUUGAUGCAUUUCUCGGAAUACAAAUAUAAACUUUUAAUGCCCUUUUUGUACUUGUUCA